CAUCUGGAUGAAGUGCCGUCCUAAAGAUUCAUGUAGUUCAUUGGUGUGUGUGUGCUUUGAUAACAUAUUAUAUAUAUACAUAUAUAACGAUUGAUUCUUGGUUUUAAACGUAUUAUAAUAAGGAUGAAUAUAUAAAAUAGACAUGAAUAAUCGUAUUUCGUUAACGUUAUUACGCAAAUAUUCGUCAUUCCUUAAAGGUGAGAGGAUCGGUCGACAGGUAUUUUGAGUUUUGCACAAGUUACAAACUGUAAGCCGCGUGCAAAAUAGGCUUAAAAAGUACGUACCGAGUGCAAAAAGAAGGUUGGAAAUUUUAACAAAAGAAUCUAUAUAUAUGUAUACAUAUAUAUAGGUUCAUAUACAUUAAGUACUUAUCUGAAUAUUCGUAUAUAACAGAUAGGCAGAUACAUCAUUGGUUUAUCCACUGCCAAGAAAUCCAUCCAGAAAUAAUCCAUUAACAAAGUAACGAAACAAUCAUCGUUCAUUUGGUCAGUCUUUAUAAAGGAUAUCAAAUAAUUAUUUCGACAAGCAUAAUUUAAACUAGUAUUUGAAAACACUUCAAAAAGCUAUUUCAUUCAUAAAACUUUAAUACUUGAAAAAUUUUGUAAGUUUUCCAAACAUGGGACGUUACUCAGGGAAGAAAUGUCGCCUGAUGAGCAUGUUCUUUCUCACGGCAUCAUACUUUUUGGUGGAAAUCGUCGUCGGUUACGUCACAAAUUCUGUAGCAUUAGUGGCAGAUUCAUUUCAUAUGCUUUCCGAUGUGAUAGCUCUAGUCAUUGCCUUCCUUUCUGUUCAGAUGUCUCCGAGAAAAUGGUCUAAAAACACGUUCGGAUGGGCAAGAGCCGAAGUAUUAGGUGCUUUAGUAAAUGCAGUGUUUUUAGUAGCAUUGUGCUUCUCUAUCCUUGUGGAAUCUUUAAAACGGUUCUACGAGUACGACAUUAUUCAUAAACCAGUCUUGCUUUUGUACAUUGGAUGUAUUGGUCUCAUAGUUAAUAUAAUCGGACUUUUUCUGUUUCAUCAUCAUGGUAGCGGUCAUAGCCAUCGACGUGGACAUCAUCACAGUCUUCCCACUAUAGAAGAUGUCAUGGCAGAGGAAGAUAUAAACGACAACCAAGAAAAUUAUCGUCUGUCUGAUAAUCUUCCUCCUACUCCUCCUAAAGGUGGAGAUGCUAAGAAACCUCCAAUGAACAGUGGAAGUCAAAUGAAUAUGAGAGGUGUAUUCUUACAUAUUCUUGCUGAUGCUUUGGGAUCUGUAAUUGUCAUCAUCAGUGCUCUCGUGAUUUGGUUAACUGAUUGGACGUAUCGUUUUUAUGUAGAUCCUGCUCUCAGUAUAGUGAUGGUUUGUCUUAUCAUGCGAUCAACUUGGCCAUUAUUGGUUGAAUCUGCCUUAAUUUUGCUGCAGACUGUUCCAACUCAUAUUCAGGUGGACUCUCUUCAGAAAAAACUUCUGCAAGAUAUUGAUGGUGUGCUGGCUGUUCAUGAAUUUCACGUGUGGCAGUUGGCAGGUGAAAGGAUCAUCGCUUCGGCUCAUAUACGUUGCAGAAAUUUAACUGAUUACAUGAAAAUAGCAGAAAAAGUGAAAGAAUUCUUCCAUAAUGAAGGAAUACAUUCGACCACCAUUCAACCCGAAUUUGCCGAUCUUGCAGCCGAACAACAAGAUAAAGAAGAUUGUGUACUGGAUUGCCCUUCUAGUAUGAAUUGUACUGCCCAAACAUGUUGCGGCAUGCAGAAGGAAGGAAAGGAAAGCCCGAAAACCGGAUUGGUCAGUGGUGGAACAUCGCCAAACUGUCGUCAGAGAAUAAAUGGUGGUCCCGCCAUGGAACAUCGCAAUAAAGAGGUAGCUCUUGUCAUGGAAGCGGGAGAAGGUAUAAGACAAGAUAAUAUACCCUGAUACGAAAAGUAGCUGUGAUAAAAUAAAAGAAAUAAGAUGUAUCUUAA